AUGAUCUAUAUAAUGGAGCAGAGAAUUAAGCUAAUUUCAUUAAUUAAAAUUGCAGUUUUCAUCAUUUUAAUGGGCGUAUGCUAUUUUAAAAAGGAUGUAAGAAUGUUUAACAAAUCUUUAAACGAAAACUAUAAACAUGGCAAAAAGCUAGGUGGAAAUUUUCGAUUACUAGGAAAAUAUAAGCAAUAUAAUGAUUCAAAUACUACAGUGCUAAAAGAAGAUAUGUCAAGUAAUGGAGGGUACGAAAAAAAAUAUAUAACUAAUAAUAAAACAGGGUCUAAAAGAAAAAACGAAAAAUCUAAUAAAAACGUAUUAAAUAAGGCACAAUACUAUAUAGAAGUUGUAGAUUAUAAUAAUGGAAUGUUUGAUGGAAAGCAUUUCCAUUUUGAUAAGAAAUGGAUAAAAAAAAAAGAUUAUGAUUAUUUUCUCGAAAAAAACAGGAGAAUUCGUGAUAUAGCUUUAAAAAAAAUAAAAUUCAAAAAUUACGGAUUUGGAGUUGCAAUAUUUAUUAUUUUUUUAUUGUUUGGAAUAGGAGUACCCUUAUCAUCUGGAAUUCCACUUUUAAAAGUUGCAUGGGAUGAGAUUCAAAAAGAUCCAUUUGGAUAUUAUUUUCAUUAUUAUCUAGGAAUGAUACCACAAGAUGUACAACCUUAUUUCUAUAUAAUAUUAUUUAGUUUGCUUAUAAUUAUAUUAUCAAUAAUUUUUAUUGUAACUAUGUAUAAGAUCUUAAGAAAUAAUGAAAAAUUUAUAAAAUUUAAGUUAAUGUCUGAGUAA